CAGGAAUGCGACAGAAGUCUUGAAUGGUGUACGUGACAUGGCCUGUGCCAGUGUAUGAGAACAUGUCACACCCUGACAUAGUGCCCUCCCUGUUCCCUCUCUCCUCAGACACACUGGCAGCCCUCCCUCCAGCAUCCCAGACACAUUGCUCCGACCCUCCCCCACACUACACACAUCUGCGCUCACCAUUGGUUAGAUCCGGGAAGCUGAAAUAUAUAAACAAACACAAGACAGGCGGCUCCAGACACAGACAGACCCUACAGAGAAGGAGCCCCGGGGGCCCCAGCGCCUCACAUCCAGUCACAGCAUUAGGGACCGGUUCAGCACCGGGGCAGUGGACAGCUCUCGGGGCUCCGCUCUUCCCCUGCAGUAGUAGAGGGGUAUUAGUAGUAGUAGUAGUUGACUUUAACAGGGGGGUCCUGACAUUCACAGAAGGGGUGGGGGUGAGCAGUGCUGCUGAUGCUGGGUGAAGUAGAGUAGGCUCCAGUGCAGGGAAGGUGACAGCAGGGUGAUGGGUGGCCGGCUGAGCAGACAGAGCAGCCUGGAAGAUGAGCCCGACGAUGGGAUGGAUAUGGGGCCCCUGCGGGGAGAGACUGCAGGGCCCCGCGGGGAUUUUGCCCUGACUUCGCUGAUCCUGAACUCGGAGCGGAUCCCCGGGGUGCUGCGCAGGAAUAAGCCGGCUCCGUACGUGCGGAGAGCAGCCUGGAUACGGGACAUCCAGGCGCUGCUGCGGGACCACAAGCAGGAAAGGGCGCUACACCUCGUCAGACUGCUCCGCAAGGACCUGGGCCUGGAGGGGACAUUCCUCAAUGAUAUCUUAUAUAGGCAUGUCACUUUCCUCAACCUGGUGGACCCCAUCUCCCAUGAACUGCUCCUCAGCCUGGCCAGGGAAUUGCAGUGUCCAAGGAAGGAACAUGACCAAAUGAAAUCUACAGACCGCAUCUGUCGGCAGCUUCUUUACCAUUUAACACCUCACUCAAAGUGGCAUCGACACAGCCUACCUCGAAGGAAAAGUAUGGCCUGCCUAAAAAAUAGCUUACAACAGAAGACCAACAUGGAGUCCUUGGAUUUGUCUGGUAUCCCCUUGACUCCCAGAGAUGUUCAGCGUGUGAUCCUCUACUUGCAAAGCCAUGGAGAUAGCCUAACCAGCGUGGACCUAAGCUUUACUGAACUCACCGACUGCACUCUAAUUUUGGCUCUACCCGCUCUGGCUGUUCUCCCCAAUAUCACGCACCUUGCACUUAACGGAAAUCGUCUGUCUUGUGCCAGCCUGAAGGAGCUCAGUGAAGCCAUUAAGGAGAGUGCCAACUUCCCCUCAUUGGCCUGGAUAGAUCUGGGUAACAAUGUAGAUAUCUGCUCUAUGCCCCAACCUUUGCUCUUAGGGCUGAGGCGUCGUCUUUGCCAGCAGAAUCUGCUUCCAACCAUUCCAGAGGCACAGGACAGUGACUUGUCUGAGGGAGGAAUUCCCAUGUCUUUCCCUCUGCCUUGGGACAGGUGAGAUCUCUUAGUGCAGGAGCCAUGGAGACAGGGACUGACCACCUCUCCUCACACCAGUGUUGAUCUCAUCUAACAUAAGCAGAGAGCAGAUGUUACAGUCACAGUGCCACAGGUAGUGUGUUUUCAGCCAAGGAGGAGGGGUGCCAGAUAAAGGUACCCCAUAGUCCCACACAUCUUCACCCACCGGGGGAAGAGCCCAGAAACAAGGCAGUCCAUCACAGCUCAGCCCCGGACGCAUCACUGUGUGUUCUGUGGAUUAAUCUCUAAACAAAAGGAGCCAGUGAUCACAGCCAAGCAAAACGGCUGUGUCAGGAAAAUUGGAAAAGGGGGGGGGUGCCCAAGACCAAGAGGAGGUGGCACCUGCUACCAUACAGUGAUGGCAUGAUUCUAAGAGGGGAAGCCACAAAUACCCUUAAAUGGACAAGCUAUUGUAUAUAACAGUUUUAAACAUUCUGACUAUCCACUGUUUCCCUCAUUCAGCUGUGAACAGAAUGCAAAACAUGUACUGGAGAGUUAGUUGUUCAUUGUGAAGCCCACAAAGGCAGUGUUGUACGUGUGAAGGUUUCAGUCACAGUAAAUAACUGGUCCUUGUCCUGAGAGCAGAAUGUUUUCUAAGUACAACUCAAUAUUUAUAUUCUCCCAAUUCGUAUACAAACCCACAUAGAUAUUUAAGUGCAUAUAAAGCAUACAGUGUAGAACAGAAUCUGUCAACAGUAUAGUGUUCCACUUACUGGUUAAUGAAGACAGAGGAAGAUAAUCUUACAAAUAUUCUUUGUAUCAGGAUUAUAAACUUACAUUACAUUUCAUGGGGACCUGUUAUGCAACUGCAUUAUGCAUUUACAAAGAAAAUGCAACUCACUGUGAUGUCCCAGUACAGCAUAUGUUCCUACAGUCCUGUCUGGUUGAGUCCCUGUACGUCCUCAGGGCUCACCUGCAGUGUUCCCCCAUAAUGUGUAUAAGUUAUAUAUUAAGGGUAAAUUACCUUUGAUAUGGUCACAUGGUUAUUAGUCACAUAAUAAGGGUUAAAGUCACAUGUUUUGUUACCCAGAGAGCACCAGGUAACCAGAUGACCCGCAGCUAGCCUAUGGGCUCCUUGCUCAGCCCCCCUUUAUAAGAGGGGGAGGUACUACAAUCUCUCUCUUGUGUUUCACUUUCUGCUGAGGUCAUGUCCAGUCCAGACGUCUUAGAUCCAGUGUCCAGCACAUCUGGAGGCCUCAAGCCUAAAUUACAGCCACGUGUCAGUAAGUCAAGUCGUCUCUGUCUGCUGUCACUAUCUUAAGUCAAAUCAAUUAUAGUCAGCGUGGCUGUUCUAAAGUCUUUCAAGUCACUGCAAGUCCCAGCAAGCUGCGAAGUCCCUUGUGUUACUGGUCACCUCUCUGGGAUCCUGGCCUAGCUGUAAAGACUGUACCAUCUGUCUACCUCAGUAAAGCUACUGUUAACCCUGACCUGGCCUUGGACUAUUUGCCCUGUCUAACUAGGACUAGCAGAGCUACCAUUCGGGUGGUUCUCAGUUAAAACCAUGUCCUGGCAUCACGAACACUUAGGGGUUAACACCAUCUGCCCCUACACCUCACAUUGCACCCCAAAACCCCAUCCCCAUUACACGAAGCCACAUUUUAUCGGAAAGUAUGCCUCUAGGUUACCCUAAAAUUCCUAUGUUAUCAGUUUCAAGUGACUUGAAAAGUCUUUAUCAACAAAAUGAAUAGAUUUUACAAAUAUUUGUACAAUAGUAAUGUAAGCCAAUUUAGUUUGUCACAAUUAUUGGUACCAGAGGAUCCUCCAGUGUGUACAGGUUCAGACAUAAUUACUCACAACAAUGAUCCAAAAGAUUUGCAGCUGAUUUUGUAGAAAAUGGCGCUAGGGUCUAUUUCUUAUGGGUUGAUCAACUAAUAACCUUAGAUCAUAUUGUAUAUGUGUCCUGUGUGCGUAAUGUUACAAGGCGUACUAUAUAGUUUAAAGUCUAAAUCAUUUUCUUCUGGUGGGCACCAGGACCCUAAGUCUGUAUCGUUAUAAACAUCUUAAUACAUUUCUUAAUAGCGAUACAUGCAUAAAAUAAAAAUUGAUGAGGAACAAGUAUGGGCUGAACCAGAAAAUAAUUGCUUUGUAUUAACAUGCAUAUUUAUUCUGCUCAUAUAAGGAUUACUAAGAAAUGUACAUUAUUAUAAAACAUGUAGAAAAUAGUAGAGAAAAUAGUAGAAAUUUACUUCUAAAGGCAAACAUAUCACUAAGGUAAGAAAUAGUAUCACACUGAUAUUUCUCUUAUUGACUGUAGCUCAGAUUAGUACUGAUAAGGUGAAAAAUGUGUUUUAUGAGCUAAGCAAUGUGUAGAAUGCUUACAGCGUCAUUUUUCUAAUAGUAUAUGCCUUUUCUCUCUAUUUAUAGGGGUUACUUUUCUAUUUACAGCUCAAUAAGAAUUUAUAAUGCAGGAUACUUGUUAUUUGUAAAAGUAGUUGCGAUUUUCGUGCUUUUAUAAUUUAGGGACCCUAUUCACUUUACGCAAGUUAUUGAUUUUAUUUAUUUAGGGCAUUUAUUCGCUUGACGCAAGCCAUUUCUUUUAUUUAGGGCCCUUAAUCUACCCUAUCACUGUGCAAGCUAUAAAUAUAGUUCCAUUAGGUUUGAGGCACAAGUAUGAACGAGGUCAACAUUUUCCUCAGUUUAACCCAUCGUACAGUGCACUAGCAAUGGUUAAGUCUUAAGCUACGGGGCAGCAGGGAUAUAUUUAGUUAGUAAUUCAAUCCAUUUGUCUUAGAUAUUCAGUCAUGAGGGGGCGGGGCUAUGAUGUCAUGAGCUCCUGGUGCCGGCUCCAGCAUUCGGAACACUUUAUUCCAAACGCUGAGCAGCGGAGUACCCCUUUAAGGGUUUGUUCACAUCACAAUUGUACCCUAUGCUUCACAUAUAUGGCAACCUGUCCAAAUGGUACUGGUACAGGCCCUAUUGACUUUGAUAGCCCAAACAUAGUCAACUAGUGACUAUGUACAAGUCAUUUCCCGCAUGUAUACAUUUUGUUUAAGGAACAGAUGUUCUGCGCUUUUAAGGUCCUGCCUAAUAAACUUAUAUAUGUGGGAAAUUAUCUAGGCAUAGUCACUAGUUGAUUACAUUUAUGCCAUUAAAGUUAACAGGACCUGUACCAGUACAUGCACAAUUGUGCCCUGUUUACAUAGAAGUGAAGCAUAGGGCACAAUUGUGAUGGGAAUAAGCUAUAAGGGUGAACAAACCAGUGCUUGUAAUGAUGGUAAGGCUGGUUUCUUUCAGUAGGCAGUCAGACAUAAGGUCUGAGGUCUGGCAUUUUUACACAAAAUAAAAUGCCUAGAAUUUUGUUCAUGGUGGUCUAGACACUAAGGAAUGGUAUUUCAAUCUCAAUGAUAGUCAAUGGAAUAAUUUGAGCCAGACUGCCAUUCUAUGCCAUCUAGGUCAUUAUCACCAAUCAUGGCCUGGCAUUGGUGUGAAAUAAUAAUUCUUUUAUUUAUAUAGUGCCAAUAUAUUCCACAGCACUGUGCAGAGCUUGUCAUCGCUUAAAAUAUGUUUUUGGAGUGUGGGAGGAAACCUGAGUACCCGGAGGAAACAUACACAAACAUGGGGAGAACAUACAAACUCUUUUCAGAUGCUAGGACCUCAGUGCUGACCACUGAGCCACCGUGCUGCUCUAUGGUUUAGAAAAGAUGAUGUAAAUGAUGUAAUACUUAAGUACAGUUUGGAAGAUAAAAAAAGAUUUUUCAUUGGUAACUCAUCUGUUUUGCACAUAGAAUAUGUAAUGCUACUGUGAAUAGUCAUACUUGUACAAGGCUACAGCCUUUCCCACAAGAUUGUAUGCAUUUAAGAUGUAUGUAGCCUGGUGUUUUGUGCCACUGUGUUGUAAUGUCUGAACACUCUCCUAAUUUGCAUGCCGUUUACAGUGUCUUUGUGUGCGUUAAAUGUAUACAUAAAAGCUAACUCAUUGUAUGUAGGUGUCACUGCCCGGACUAAGCUGAAAAGUGAUUCCUCAUUUGUAUGUCCUUUUUUAUCACAGUCACUAAAAUAAAUAUGUUUUGUGUCAUUCUCACACUGCAUUUUUUAUGCUUUGCACAGGACUGAAGGUGAACAAUUGGAAAUGUAGGCUUUGUGCAAAACGGGAGUUUUAUCUCUAACAUUGUUGCAGAGUUAAAAAUAUAUUUUUACAUAUUUUAAAUGUUGUUUUAAUAGCUAUUUCAUGUUGUGUUCCUAAUUCCAGCUUCUCUUUGAAACAUAUUGGAACAUAAAGUCUUAUGUCCUCAGUAAGCUUUAUUAACAGUAUGGACUUUACAAUAAAUAAUACAAUGGCUUUUCC